CUGCUGCUGAUGCUGAUGCUGGCUGCUGGGGCGGAGGGUCCAGGGCAUGGUCGCCUCACAUCAGAUGAUCAUGCUCUGCCACAAAGACCUAAGCUGUGGAGUCACUGGGUGCACACGCACACAGAGCCCAGUGACAACAGACAGAAAUGCAUCCUGUUGUUGAUAAGACCAGGGAGCAAAGGCCCAACUGGACCUUGACGGGUCCAAAACAAAGACAGCAAUGGCAAAGAGAGAUUACCUGGUGGAGGCAGCCAAGCAGAUCCGCAUGGCACUGGACAGCGAGGUCAAUGAGGACUAUGAGGCAGCUUUCAGUUACUAUAAGAAUGGGGUGGACUUACUGCUGAAUGGGGUUCAAUUGGACCCUAACAAAGAUCGCCGGGAAGCUGUGAAGAGGAAGACAACCCAGUAUCUGAAGAGAGCUGAAGAAAUCUUCAUAACACAUCUGCAGGAUAACCUAGGGAAGGGAAGCUCUCAUUUAGGGGGUUACAGCAGUCUGAGAUUCCGUCCAAUCAGACACUUGAGUUCACCCGUGGAGGAUCUAGAGAUGUGUAAGGUUGUCGGAGUGACUGAUAAGGUCAUGAUUGUCCAAAGUAUGGUCAAUAAGGAAACAUUUGUUGUAAAGAGUCUGGUCAAGUCAAGCUGGGAGAGCAGGGACCAGCCAACCAUCAUUCCUCAGGGGGUGCCAUACAUGGUUAAGUUGCUAAGGUAUUAUGUCAGUGAAGAUGCUGUGUACCUGCACCUUGAGCAUGUCAAAGGUGGGAGGCUCUUCUCCAAGCUGCACAAGCUGAGGAGUGAGAAGGCCAAAGAACACCCAGAAUGCUUCACAUCUGGCCAGCACAGCAUCAAGCUGAAGACCAGCUACACCUCUCCCACAAUCAGCAUGGACUACCAGCACAGCAACAGAGGAGGCACAUCGGUGAUUCCCGAGAAAUUAAAUGACGAGAGCCCAGAUACGGAUUUCCCCACUUCAUGGGAUGAGACCCAGCAGCGUCUGGAGAGCUGCGGGACUCACUCCUACAUCGAGGAGACAGGUUGUCUGCAGAACACACGCUCUGCAGCAUCAUUUUACACCAAGCUUGACCGACUGAGUCUGCAUUCCGGCCCGCCGAGGACACAGGUCAACACCCGCAUCCAUCCACCAGCUCCUAGUUUGUGUUUGCACUCCAGUGAAUCUCAGGAAAAGCCUGCUCUUCCUCUCUCUUGUGCCCGUGUCAGUCAAGCUCUUGACGUCAUGUCCGAACUCCAGAAAAAGAAACCUGGAAUGGGACUGAUAGAGUGCAGCUCAGAGUUCGAAGUGGCUUGGAAAGCUGCGGAUCCAGCACACAACUGUGAGAAAAUAAACCCCUAUGCAGUGACUGACGGUGAUUUACACAGCACACUAGGACAAACUGCACCUCAUACAAUUCAGACCUCAUUUAUAAAAGCAGGAGCGCCAAACAGUGAAAAUAAUGGUUUGAGUUCCUCCCCUGCCAUUCUGCAUCUUCCCCUCCAUUGCCAAACCCAGAUCCGUGGCAGGGCAUCAUGGGAUAUCAAUGGCUCUAACCAAGGAUCUGUUUUAUGUGGUAACUCUGCAGACAUAGUUACAGACUCAAAGCAUGACAGAAGCAGUCCCACCACAGAGGAGAGGAAUGGUAUGGUAGUCAUCAGGAGCACAGACAGAGCAGUAUUUUCUGACCACAUAGACACAAAAAUCACCUCAGAAAGCUCCUGGCCUUCUUCCACUUCACUCUACCACAGCACUGCAGGAAAACAGGGGACACUGUCAGGGGUCCCCCUUUCUCUUUCAGGGGUGAAAUACAAAGGGGAAACAUGCUCCAGUGAGGCAAGAGAGGGAGUAGAGGAAGCCUACGAAUUGCUGAGUCCUAGAGAGAAGGUGGCACCUGCAAAAGUAGGAUCAUUUAUGAGCUGGUUCUCCUCUGGCCCCCCUGGAGCCCCACCCCACAGGAGAGGAGAGGACAAGGAUGCUUUCGUUAAACCAGAGGAAUCAGAGGGGCAGGGAGACGAUCAGAUCAUCGAGGUGGAUGGCUGGUGCCACCUGCCUCGGUUCCCCGUCAAGUCCUCCGCACCUGCAGGUAAGGCCACGCAGACCUGCUGGGGGCUUCCCGAGGCAGAGGUGCGCGUCUGGGGGGCACAGAUCCUGUUGGCCCUGGAGAGUCUGCAUCAGCAAGGCAUCCUGUGUCGGGAUCUCAACCCUAGAAAUGUUCUGCUCACCAGCAAUGGAAAGGUGUGUUUGACAUUUUUCGGCCAGUGGAGCGAGGUUCAGUCAGAGAUUAGCUCCAAAGCUAUGGAACAGAUGUACUGUGCUCCAGAAAUUGGUGGGGUGUCCAGGAUUACAGAGGCUUGUGACUGGUGGAGUCUUGGGGCCUUGUUGUUUGAGCUUCUAACAGGAAUGCCGCUGUGGCAGCUUCACCCAGCAGGAAUCCACUCUCACACCCAACUGCUCAUCCCUGACCACCUGAGCGCUGCAGCUGCAUCUCUGCUCACUGAGUUGCUUCAGUUCGAUGCUGGCUAUCGCCUGGGUUCUGGAGGUGGAGGUGUGAGUGACAUCAAGUGCCAUCCCUUCUUCAGCAGUAUCUCAUGGAAAGCUCUGAGCUGCUAGCAGGUGUGGUUGAAGCACCUUUGAUCGCUCUGUACUCCACUGGAAGGGAAGAUGAAUGCUUUCCAAGCAGAGUCCAAGCAUCCUCGCGUGGCCAAAUCGGAUGCAGCACCAGAUUCUGCUUUCCUUUCGCACUUUGUGCUUUCCAAAGAAAAAUGACAAAAUAAAAACAGAAACAUGAGCAAA